AUGUUCGGACGCCCCGCGGCGGAGGCUAACGUCCCUCCGCGGAGGAGGCGGCGGCCAGCCUUGUCGUGCACGGAAUGCAGACGGCGGAAAAUCAAAUGCGAUCGUAAUCUGCCUUGUAACCAUUGCGCCCAAUCCAAAAACGCCGUGUGUACAUAUCCAGGUAACCAUUCCGUUGCUGCUAAUCGACACUCUUCUAUCAGGGCUUCUUCGAACCUGGGCAGUCCUGGACCUCUAGCAGAGCUCUCAGACACGUCUCCCGGCAUCCCGACCCCUCGCCUCGAAGCAGGCGCUUCCUGGUCCCAAAGGGUUCCAGACGUGGUACAUGUCUCUCAGUCGGGGACAGACUCAUGGGACUCCUCUCCUCGUGGUGGCACGGAGAACAGUUUCUCUGACAAAAAUGUCCAGAACCUCGUCGAUCGGGUCAGGAGGCCAGAGCCGGCGCAGGGCAAUGCUGCAUCCUCCAGAAAGGAGGGCGACGAGAACAUAACAUUCAUGGGCAUCAGUUUCUCAACUUUCGAAGACGUUAUAGUUCAGGACGGAGACAGCCGCAAUAUUCUGCGGACCAAGACUUUCAAGCACGGCGAUAAGACGCCCAUUCAAGAUCUGAGAGGCAAUCUUUGUAAGACCCGAUUCUAUGGGCAGAGCCACUGGAUGCAUUCCUUCCAUCAGUUCCCAAAAUUCUUUACUUUAAAGGAUGCGGAUGGCAACCCUACUGUCAAAUCUGGACUUGGGGAGAUUCGCGAGGCUCUUGAGAAAUGCAAGAGCAUGGCGAGAGCGGCUAAAGCAGAACGUCCCAUCAAAUGGCACAUGAAUCCGAACUUUAAGGAUUACAUUCCUGCGCGAGAGAUGGCAGAUGAGCUGGUCAACCUCUACCUGCGCACUUGUGAAUCCGCGUACCGCAUUGUACACAUCCCGUCCUUCAAGCGAGAGUACGCUGGAUAUUGGGAUGACCCUCAGGGAGCCAGCACCUCAUUAGCCGUGAAACUGGUACUCGUCAUGGCCAUCGGGACGUGUUUCUAUCAAGGGGAUGGCAACGAGGAGUUGCGCAGCAUGGCUCAGCAAUGGGUAUAUUCUGCUCAGUCAUGGGUCGCGGCGCCCUUCGAGAAGGCCCGGCUGAAUAUCUCGGGAAUCCAAAUACAUUGCCUCCUCCUCCUGGCACGCCAAACCAAUGCUGUUGGUGGCGACUUGAUCUGGACCGCAUCUGGGAACCUUCUCCGAACAGCAUUCUCCAUGGGUUUCCAUCGAGACCCAAAAUACUUCCCGAAGAUGUCGAUCUUCGAGGCGGAGAUGCGGAGGAGGAUCUGGGCCACGGUGCUGGAGAUGACCGUGCAGACGUCUUUCGAUGCUGGGAUGCCACCCCUGAUCACGGUCCAGGACUUUGACACCGAGCCACCAUCCAACAUCGACGACGAGGAUCUGGACGAGCACACAGCCCUCCCCCCAACCCCCAAACCCGAGCACGUCUACACGCGGACGUCGGUCCAGAUCGAGCUCCUCAAAUCGCUGAAGACGCGACUCGAGAUCUCGCAGCUGAUCAAUAACUUCCGUUCCGAGCCCUCAUACGACGAGGUUAUCCGCUACGGGCAGGACAUCACCAAGGCGUGCAACAACGCCAACCGGCUCAUGAAAUCAUACCCAGCCUCCCUCCCGCGGCCGACGGCGCUGCAACGCAACCUCCUCGACAUCCUCGUCCGGCGCUUCCUGAUCCACGUGCACCGGCCCUUCGCCGUCCGGUCGCAGUCGGACCCGCGCUACUACUUCUCCCGCAAAGUCUGCGUCGACGCAGCGCUCGUCAUCUUCUUCCACUCGGGCGCCGAAGACCUGCCCGCCGACCACCCGCCGCACGUCGUCGAUGACUACACGCGCCUCAAGACGGUCGGCGGCGGCUUCUUCAAAGAAGUCAUCGUGGACGCCGCCAUCAUCAUCAUCAUCGAGCUCAUCCACCAGCUCGAGGAGGACGCCGCGUCAGGCCUGCCGCCCUCGGCCGCCAGCCGCGCCGCCCGCGCUCCGCAGUACCAGGCCCUGCACGCCAUGAUCGACCUCGCCGCAGCCCGCAUCCGCAUGGGCGAGAACAACGUCAAGGGCCACCUCUUCCUCAGCGCCGCCGCCGGCCAGGUCGACGCCCUGACCACCGGCGCCCCGCCCGAGCGCUGCAUCGCUGAAGCCGCCACCCGCAGCGCCCAGUUCUGUCUCGAGCUGUUGCGCGCACGCACCAAGAACCACCCGCCCUUGGACCAGGAACCACCGCAUCGGGAACAACAGCAACAACAACAAUCACAACAACAACAAGCAGCGCCGCCAUCCCUGGAUAACGAGAGUCCCCCCAGUCUCGGUGACGAUUUCGGAUUUGAUUUCCUGAUGCCGGAUAUCGGCGCGAAUCUAGAUAUGCCGGAUUCAUGGCUGUUUUCAGCAUGGGAUGGGAAUACCAUGUUAUAA